AUGAGCUCUCUUCUUCCUGAAGCACUAUUCAGGUCAGACACAGUAACCUUCGCUUCUCUCAAUACAACGAUAACCAAUGUGACCAAUGUGAUUCAAAUCGAUCUCUUCGAGAUGUACACAGUACACGAUGACCUUCCCUAUGUGACCCACAUGUUGGGAUCAUGGCAAGGUCAGGAUGAACUAGAUCUUCCCAAAGAGGACUGGAGUGACAGACGUACUAAUUUAACUGGACUACAUCUUCGAUGUGUUACUCUACCUCAAGAACCCUUCACCUACGUUAGCGAGCCAGACGAUCAGUUAAAGGUGGACAUCGUUCGAGGUUAUGCCAAAGACGUGUGGGACACACUUCAGGAAAUUCUUGGUUUUACGUGCUUCACCGCCCUCCUUCUAAAUAUCUUCUCCAUUACCUUACAUGGCAUGAAUGUCAGUGAUACUGAUAGUUUUUUGCAAAAGAAAGUUAAUACUAAUAUUAAUACUAAUAUAACCAUAGCGACCAUCAUGGACCAUGAUGCGGGGGCGUUGAUCCCCGGAACACCCUCCAGGUACACAUGUCGCAAGCCUGUGGAUGGCACGUUUGGUUCAAUGAGCCAGGACGGGGCGUGGAACGGACUGGUGAGGGAGGUGGUGAAGGGGAGAGCUGACGUGGUGGUCACCUCCCUAGACCACACAGAGGCCAGAGCUCGAGCUCUCGACUUCAUCACAGGACUCAGGGAGGUCGGGUACCGACUGGUGGUGCGGAGGCCAGGAGUGGCGGAACAGACAUGGAGGAGUUUCACUGGUGAGUUCCUUCCUGACGCUUGGAUGGGCACCAUGGCCUUCGUGCUACUCGUGCCUCCCUGCCUCGCCCUCUGUAGCUACUUCUCUCCAGUAGAGACGGAGAAGGUCAACCUCAAAGACGCCUACACACUAGCUAUUGGAGCCUUUGCUGUUCAAGGAUCGUGGCUAGAAGUCCGCAGUACAUCAUCUCGUAUAGUGUUCGCGACGAUCUUCUUUGCUACGCUGCUGGUCUAUGCUCACUACACCAGCGCUCUAGUCUCUAUCCUGACUGUCUCCUCCACCGUCACUGAUCUAUCCAGCCUUCAGAGUCUCCUGGCAGACGGAACCUUCCAGCUCGGCUUCGAGGCUGGAACCUUUCUCGAGGUAGAGUUUAAGAAUUCCAAACAGUGGCUCUUCAGGGAGGUGUGGAACAAGCUGGUGGCUCCAGACCCUUCCAACCUGGUCCACAGCGACAAUGAGGGUAUUAAAAAGGUGCUACUCCUCACAUUCUUCUCCUUUUUUCCCUAUCUUCCUCAUCUGGAAAUAUUCCGUAUGAUGAUUGAGUCUUGCACAAUUACUAAGAGAAUCUUCAUAGCCUUUAACCAGCAUCUACUAAAUUCGAAUUGCUUCGUGCUGCAGGUGAUGAAGGAAAAGUUCGUGUUCAUGAUGGAGGAGAACCAGUUCGCCUCUCUACUGGGCAACAAGUGUGAUGUAGUGCUCACUAAGGGACGCUACUUCUCUACGGAGACCGGGUUUGCAUUCUCCCUCGACUCUCCACUCAAGAAGGUUUUCGACGUGAAGAUGCUGCGGAUGCGUGACGCUGGGAUACUGAGCAGAUUAUGGCAGAAGUGGCAACCCCCCACGGCCCUAUGUGUGGACCCAGGAGCCAUCGCCCUCAACAUCAACCACCUCCUCACCGCCUUCCUUCUCCUCCUGCUGGGGGUUGUUCUCUCCGCUAUGCUUCUGCCCUGUGAAAGACUCUACUGGAAUCUCAUUGGUAAAACAAAGGCACAGAGAAACAAAAUAGUCUUGGCACCAACGAUUUCCAGAGCCGAAACACGGGCAAACAUAAGCAGACUCAGUCAAGGCGUCGCCAACAGGAAUGUCGGUCAAGCAACAAUUGUUCAGCAGCUCAGGCAGCCCGUCAUCAGACGUGGCUUUCUUUACUGAUGUGAAGCUCCUGUGUUGGGGGUCAUACGAGCACUACUGGGAGUCACUUGAAGAUUUUUUUUACACACUUGAAUUUCGAGGCUAUCUUACUGGAACUCAUUUCACUGACCCAGUCAAUCUUGUGUCCAUUAUCAUCCCUAGAAAGCAGUUCACUAACACCUAAGUAAUUAUAUUUUGCAAGGUGAAAAGGGGCGAUAAGUUCAGGAUUGAACCUUGGUCUUUCGCCUGAAUCGAAGGGACUAUCACUGAGCUACCUUUCAAGCCUCAAAAGACAAACAGUUACUUCAAUUUAUACAUAUGUAUAGACAGCUAUAAUAAAUCAACUCUUUUUUUUACAUUAUUCAGAUUUCAAAAUUCUUAAAUUAAGUUGUUAGGUUACUUUUGUACCAUGGCUUAUAACAAACUUGCAUUAUCAUAGUUAAAAGUUUUCCAUGGGAAAUAGGAGUGAAAUGAAUCUUCAGGUGAUACCACAAAUGUUCAUAUGAGGCUUCUUUUGAUUACCUGACACGAUAACAGGCUAAUGUGAUUCACUAGACUAAAUGUUAUCAUUGGUGAUGCACCAUGUAUCUCCUUCCCUAGUAACACCAACAACCCUCAGAAACUUAGCAUUUCUUAAACAUGUGAACAUAAUAAUGAUAUACAAUACUGACAAGUUGAUAAGUAGGACACAUGUGCAACAGUUAAGUAUCUAUUUUGAAACUUUUAACCUACAGAGUGGGCUUCUUCAGUCGAAUACAGAGGAAGUAGCAGAAGCAGUGGAGAUGUAAAGACGAUGUAAUCAGUUUUAAGGUGGUCAGUCCCUCAGCUUGGAGAAGGUUCUGCUUCAUAGUUUGGAACAAUGUGAAGCUGAAGCAGCAGAAUGGAGACUUACAUACUGUCAAAGGUGAGGCACAGAAAAUUAUGAUAGACGAGGUGGGGCCCACUAGUAGAAGUAAGAUCGCCUUUUUACUUCUAGUUGGCACCGCCUUUAUUGUCAUCAAGAGUUUCUGCGCCUCAUCUUGACAGCAAAUAAGUCAUGAUGCUAUAGCUUGAUAUUGUUCCAGACCAUGGAACUGAACUCUUCUCCAGGCUGAGGGACUGACCACCUCAAACUAUUUCUCCAAGGUUGAUGGACUGCUUACAUCAUUUUCACCUCACCACUACAGCUACCUACAAUACAUUCUCCUCUGUAUUUGACGAAAGAUGCCUACCCAACUGUUGAACAUGUGCCUCUUAUUCAUAUACAUGACAAUGACUGACGGUACGUAUGGCAGUGAUAACAUAUAUAAUGGCAAUGUUCAUAUAUAGUAUAUGGCGAUGGCAGUGACAGUAUAUAUGCCAGUACAUAUGAUAAUAUAAAUGACAGUAACUAUAUAACUAUAUAUUAAUGCAGAACUCGACAAAUUUUAGAGAGGAUGUUUAUUUUUAUAUGGAAUUCACAGUUCGCCAUUGUUCAUUUAUCUUAUAUCUGAACUUCACGUGCUGCUCAUUGACUGAUGAAGUGUUACGACUUUUUACUGUGUAAUUUAAAGGUCGUGACUUAAAGGGUAAACAACCUGCUAUGUUUAGGAGCAUUUAUAUUAUUUAACAUUGAAAAAGAAACCACUCUAGGGUCAGUAUGUACCUUCAUACAAAUUAUGAAGCAUAAAUUUAAAUGGUCAAUGUAUUAUGAGGAAGGACACAAAAACUCACCUAUUCAAAAAUAUAUAAAGGUAACACAUACACCCUACAGUCUACUCUACUGCAACCAACAUCACCACACCCCAGUUUACCUUUACCCAGGACUCACAUUAGCUCACUAGCACACUGCUACUAGUGAGUAAAAAACAAACAUUUAUAAACAGAGAAGCUCCGUGACACCCCCCCCCCUUCUGCAGACUGUUCAACCUGCAGGUUGUACAAGUCUCCCAAAACUUAAACAGGCCUCUGCACACCAGGGCCUUACAGGUAAACAUGAGAGCACCUAAACCAAUAAACUAACCUAUGGUAUAAACUUAAAAAAAAAAAAACCAUCCCUACAAAACAAACCGUGACAUCUUAAUACAUCUUGCUGCAGGUGCUGCGCUCAACGUACUGCCACACACACUCUCAACUCCUGGCCACUCUGACCAGGAAUAAUACACGUCUCUUUUCAGUACAAAUCCCAUGGAGAAUUUUGUUUUUAUAAAAUAUUUUCCACAAUAUACUGCGUAAGAUGAGGCCACAGGAAAGCAUUUUAAGGAAUGUAAGGAAUAAUGUUAUUAAACUAAACUGACACAUUAAACGCCUCAGCUCCGACUCUGGACUGAUGUUAUGCAGACAGGAAUGUUUAUCAUAUACAAAUCUCUUAUAUGGAAAUGUUUAUUUACACCAUACUUCGUCCUCGAGCAUGAUAUCUCCACUGCCUCCAGCCUCCUCCUGGUUACUAUGUUUAAAGCCCAUGUUGGGCUUUAUCAGGUGUGGACACCUUUUUGGUGCUGCAUACUCCAUAAUGGGCCUCACGCAUGAUGCAUAAAGACCAUGAAUGACUUGCAUGGAAAAAUGUAGAAAGUUAAUUUAUGAAAUAAAAGGCAGAUGGACGUGGUUGUGUACUGAACAAUCACAAAUGCAAAAAUGUACUGCUGUGGCAAGUCUCUUUAAAAUCAUUCACAGUCAUACCUUCUCUCUGUACCUAUAAUAUUGAACUUGCAUACUAUAACGUAUUUACAAUACUGACUGAAUAUGUAACGUAUCUUUAAUAUAUGUAACACUCAAGCUACUGUUGAUAGGAUUAAAUUCAUACUAUAGAAGAUACCAUUUUAAACCCAUUAUUUUAUAAUACAAGAUUAUAACAGACAUAAAUAUAUAAAACUAACAGUGUACUAGAGUUUAAAAUCAAAAUUAUAAAUUAUUUGGAAUCACAGUGUGUAUUUAUACCAAAUGGCGGGUGGAAGACUAUUGCAGCCAAAAAGACGAUAGAAUGUUUUCCUUCAUCCUCAGUACAUAAGAAAUAUUUAUUACUGUAAUCUUGACGGCAGCAAUUCUCCUUCACUGCACAUGAACACUACUAACCAAGGCGAAAUAAUUUAAGUCUUUGAGUGUUAAUUUAAAAUGAUCACAAUUUUUCAAGAUUAACUUUAGCACAUUUCUUCUUCUUCUUCUUCUUCUUCUUCUUCUUCUUCUUCUUCUUCUUCUUCUUCUUCUUCUUCUUCUUCUUCUUCUUCUUCUUCUUUUUCCUCGUAUUCAUGGAAAGUACUAAAGUUUCAUGUCGUUCGUGUAACGAAGUGUUUCUUGAGUCACUAUUAUCCAAGUAUAAC